AUGGAGCAGUUGUUCACUGACCACUUCCUUAGUAGUUGUAGAAUUGUCAAAACAUCAGCCCAUCUAAUGAGCAUGGUUCAGGGAGAAAUGGAGACUCUAAAAAAGUUCAUGCACCAUUUCAUCCGCAACCUAGAUAUGGGAGUGGCUUUGGCAGCUCUAACCACGGUCUUUCAGCCUAGAAACUUCCUAUAUUCACUAGGGAAGAAGCCACCGACUGAUAUGGGAGAACUGAUGGCCAGAGCGCAAAAGUAUAUCAACCUGGAGGAAAUGAUGGACACUAGAGGGAAUCAGAUCAAAUUGAAAAGGAAGGGUAGUAGUCAAGAGAAUGGCAAACUUUCCAGACCCGCGAAGAAACAAGAGGCCAGCACGCUGCACACCAGCUCUAAGAUGAGAGGGCAACCCAACAAGUUCUCCACCUAUACACCACUGAACGCACCAUGGAAUGACAUGUUGAUGCAUAUAAGAAAGAAGGAAUAUGUCUUGUGGCCCAUACCUAUGCGAACCCCCUCAUAUAAAUGGAACAUGACCAAGUUCUAUCCAUUCCAUAGGGAUCACGAGCAUGAUACAGAAGAAUGUAUUCAACUGAAGAAUGAAAUUGAAGCCUUGAUAAAAAAGGGAUACUUGUUGAGAUUCAUAAAGAAGGGAGAUCGACAAAGGGAAACUCGUGAGCAGAAAAACCCAAAUAGGGACAAGAAGGAAGAACAUAUCAUAGGAGAAAUCGCGGUGAUCUUUGGAGGGUUUGCUAGUGGCAGAGACAAUGAAGGCGCUCGUAAAAAUAUGCUAAGUAGGUACUCUCAACGGAAAAAGGGGAACCAAGCGGUAUAA